GUAAAACUAAAACUUUGAUGUAACUUUAUUUAAUUAGUAAUGUUUUUCCACAUCAUCUGGGACUUCGGAGCGGAGGACAGGGAGCUCUGGGUCCCGACAGCCUCAGGUUUAUACAGUAGUCCGAGUAACAGCUGCUAUAGCCCUGAACUCCGAGAUCAUGAAAGUCAGUGUAGGGCAAGGCCUUUGACUUCCAAAGAAAACAGUGAGUAAUAUGAUCUUUCCUGCUAGGCCACAGGCUUACGCUGUAUAGAGAGGGACUGAUGGUGGGUUUAGAGCUCGGCUUUAGGCCCUGGGCUUAUAGUAAAGUUAGAUGAGUAACAGUAGCUCCAGUUAAAGAACGUCAAAGUAAGCUUAGGGCAGGGCAUCAGGCUUGUGAUGGAGUGAGAGUGAACUGAGAUGUAUCAGACUUCUGAUAAAAUGAGAGAACUAAAAUGAGGUGCAGAGCUCAGCUUUGAGUCCAUGUCGUAGAGUAGGCCAAAUCAGACUUACAGCCAGGCCUCAGGCUCAUCAUGCAGUUAAAGCCAUAGCAGAUUUAGAGCGAGGCUUUAGGUUUAUGGUGAAGUGAAAAUAUAUUUAGUUCAAGAACUUUGAUUGUUGCUGAGGUCAAAGUAAUCAAAAGCAUGACAGAAGCUAAGACAUGGGACUAUUAUGUAGUUGGAGCGAGCCAUAGGAGUUUUUUUGGGCCAGAGCUCAUGCUUAUGGUGAAAUUAUAGUGAGUGAAGGGAGAUGUUGGAAGUCGUCAGGCUUGUGAGAAGAGUGAUUAAAAGCUGGUAUGGAGCUGGGCCUUAGGCUUAUGAUGUAGUCUGAGUAUUUCACUGCUAGUUCCCACAGGGUUGAUGAUGAGUUCAGACUAAAUCAAGUUAGGAUCAGAGAAGAGUGAGGUUUAUUUCUAGUAAGAUUAUAAGAAGUUUAUGGUUACUUCCCACUAGGGUGAGGGAGAAAUUAGAAUAAAGUUAAUUAGGGUGAGAAGGAGCUUGGGGUUUAUUUACCACUGGUGAAGUCAAAGUUUAUAUAUAGCGCUUUAUACACCAGCACAUCAGCAGAGAGGAGCUCUGCCCACGGCGCCCGCUUGCUUACGCGUGUGUUUUACUCGCUCCAAGAAAGCUCGUUUUACCCCUGAUAAACGGGGCGCUUGACCGCUCGUUUUUCUCCCGCGCCGUCGCCGAGGCUCUCCCCGAAUGAGUCGUCGAGCUGUCCGAAGGCUCACGUCGCCGUUUACUACCAUUUUCCACCGAUUAUCGCGCCAAAAGCGCCGCAUCUCGUCCGGAGCGGCGACCGCGCGGCGCCUGUUUGAACGCGCCCUGCGAAACGAGGCGUCGCUGCGCGCUCAUUCCCGGACUCGGGACACACGACAGAAACUCUUCUAGAGGACUGAGCCGUUGGGCGCUCAACAAUCGGCGCAUUCGCUCUUAUUUUACCCGAUAAAUAUCACGAGAAAACACAAGUGCGAGCUCGUCACUGAGGCACGGCUGCACAGCGCCCGCCGGGUUGAGUCUACACCGUUCUCGUGUGGCUUUUAAGGGGCGGCCCGUCGCCUGAGAGGGAGGUUCCUCUGAACAGCGCAGCUCCGCUCAUUCUCGCUCCCCUCGCAGCAAAAGCAGAACGAUGGCAGAAGCCGCUCCCGCUCCAGCCGCCGCCGCGCCGGCCAAAGCCCUCAAGAAGAAGCGCGCCGCCCCGCCCAAGAAAGCCGGCCCCAGCGUCGGCGAGCUCAUCGUCAAGGCUGUUUCGCAGUCUAAGGAGAGGAGCGGCGUGUCUCUCGCCGCCCUCAAGAAAGCUCUGGCUGCCGGCGGCUACGACGUGGACAAGAACAAGUCCCGCGUCAAGAUCGCCGUCAAGAGCCUCGUGACGAAGGGCACUCUGGUGCAGACCAAAGGCACCGGCGCCUCGGGUUCCUUCAAGCUUAACAAGAAACAAGCCGAGCCCAAGAAGAAGCCGGCAAAGAAAGCGGCGCCAAAAGCCAAGAAGGCGGCCGCCAAAAAGCCCGCCGCUGCUAAGAAGCCCAAGAAGGUAGCAGUGAAGAAGCCCGCGGCCGCUAAGAAGUCGCCGAAGAAAGCCAAGAAGCCGGCGGCCGCCAAGAAAGUCGCCAAGUCUCCCAAGAAAGCGAAGAAGCCCGCGGCACCGAAGAAGGCGGUCAAGAGCCCGAAGAAAGCGAAAGCGGUCAAACCCAAAGCUGCCAAGCCCAAGGCGGCGAAAAAGGCCCCCAAGAAGAAGUGAACUCGCCGUUUUACCUUCGUGUCCCGUAAUUCCCCCUCAAAAACGGCUCUUUUAAGAGCCCCCCACAUUUCCACUCAAGGAGCUCGGUUUUCUUUCGCCCUGCACAAAAUCAUUAUUUCUUAAUAAAAUAAUCCCACAGCGGGGAAAUUCUCCCUGUUACAGCAGCGAACGGGCAGCGAGGCACUCGAGUGAAAGAAUUAACAAGCGAGUAAUUAACUUGGAGUAUUUAAGGGUUUUUACUUGCUAAUGUGUAGACAAUAUAAUUUAUAUAUUUACUUUGUAACUAUAUAUUUUUUCUGAAAUUCACAUGGAAUAUUGCACGAGGCACUGGUUUAUAUCACACAUGGGACGGUGAGGAGUUACUAUAUAAACUAUUUCAAUAGAAGCUCAAGAAUAUUUAACAUUUAGUCUAUAGAGGGAUUUUUAAAUAUUGUACACGGAGCGUUGAUUAUAUUGCACAGGGGAAAUGGUGAUAAAUUCACAGUGUUCUGUAAAUUGUGAUCAAUACUGAAACUACCAAGCUGCCAUUUGCAGUGACAUGGAUUAGGAUUAGAGCGGGAAUGAGGCGGGAAAACAAGUGUAUAAAUUUGCAUUCAUGUGAUUUUGUAUUGAUUAUGUAUUUGGAUUAUUUCAUAAAGUUUAUUUAAAAAGGAAAACAAG